GUCUCACCAUCCUGAUUGUAGAGAAUUUCUUCCUUUAAUCCAAUCUAAAUCUGCCCUCUUUAAAUUUAAAACCACUGCACAUUUUACCAUCAUUCCAGAUCCCAGUAAAAGGUCUCUAUCUCCUCCUCGUAAGCCUUUUUUAAGUAUUGAAAGGCUGCAGUAAGGUGUCCCCAGAGCCUGCUUUUCUCCAGGCUGAGCAAUCCUAGCUCUCACAGCCUUUCCUUGUAGGAGAGGUGCUCUGAACUCACUCCAGCAGGUCCACAUCAUUACUUAGUUCCCAGCACUUCAGGUGGAGUUUCACCAGAGCAGACUGGAGGGGCAGAAUCCAGAUCCCACAGUCUGUGUCUCUUUGCAUGAAGACAAUAAACAGUAUUGGCCUCAGUAUGGGCCCUUGAGGGACACCAUUUGUCACUGGUUUGUGCUUGGUACAUUGAGCUGCAGCUGUUUGGAUGUGGCCAUCCAGCCAGUUCCUUAGGCUGUUCUAUUUCAAACCCAUAUGUCUCUAAUCCUUCAUCUUUUCCUUAUUUUCUGCCCUCCCUAGGUCAUUGGAGUUUUCACAGACCAAUUUAAUUCCCUGGAAUAGCAGAAAAACUCAUGCUUUACUGAGUUUUCUGCUGUUUUGUGAGUUCAUUUAGUUAAUGAAAAGUCUGAUGAGGACAUGAGCUGUCAGGGAAAGUGGGGGGAAAGGAAAUAAAAGAGAAAAGUGAUGCUCCUGUUCUGCAGCAGCAAGCUGUUAGAUCAACUCAUCUACUGAAGGAAGUGUAGCCACAGCAUAAUGAUAAUUAAGUCACAUUCAUACCAUAUUUUGCAUCAUUUUUUUCAAUAUUCAGAUGUAAAGAAGGAUUAAUUGUUUGGAACAUGACCUAGUAAGGUUGAAUGUGCGUUCCUGUGAACUUUUCCAUCUGUAAUGCAGUUAUUGCAUGUGGCUACAAUGAGUUGUUGCAGUACUUGAUACAGCAGUCUUUUACUUGGCUGUUUUCCUUGGCAGUGUUGAUCUGAUGCCCAGUGUUUGUACAUUGUGCAAAUUUCACCAAUACUUUCCUGUAAUGUUAGAGACUUUGAAGAGUACAGGCAGGCCUCUUGGUACCACUCUGCAUAUCUAGUACUGGCAGACCCAUUUUAUUUGCUCCUUGUAUUUGUCUUUGAACUAAAAGGAUAAUUAAUUUUUAAAAAGUGUUAUUGUAUUUGUAAUAGAAAUAAAAGUAUUUCAGUAUUGUGGUACUGUUGGCUGGGUGAUUAUAGCUGGGGGAGGUAUUGUACAUCUCAGAACAUCUUACACAUCUCAGUAUUUAAACUUUACAAAGAACAGCAGAAGUAACAGAAAUGGAAUACAACUGAAUAAAUAUGUUUUACAAAACCAAGGGGCAUGCUUAAAAUGGAAUAACUUGCAGGGCCUUAGUGUUACGAUUAUGAGUGUGUGUUGAAUUUUUGUGGUGAGAAAUUUCUCAGGCAUUUCUGUCAUAUGAUCUGGUUUUUAUUUAUUCUGGAGAGCUGAUACUGCUUCAUGCCAAGGAAUUGACUGAAGUCCCUUGAAAAAUAAUAUAUUUUAGUAUAAUAUAUCCUAUGUGAAAGGCUGUUAUCUGUACUGCUUGUAAUUUUAUAAAACAAGUCAACUUCCUGGCUAGACUAAAUACAUGAUAACAGAGUUUAGUUGCAGUGUGAUAGUGGUGUUGCUGUUGUGUGAAAGUCAGGAUGCUUGUCUUUCCUUUAUACUCCAACAAGCAUGUACACCUUGAGCUAACCCAUUAAUUUUCACCUUGCAUGCGCCCUGGACCGUGUUGUUUCUUGUGCACCCUAGAACAUUACUUUGAAAGCUAAAUGUGCUCUAAGGCACAUGGAUUGAUACUUUUAUAUUCUUGCCUUCUGCUACAACCAUUAGUUUCAUCAGUCAGGGACUACUGUCUCUACAUGCUGAUAAUUCUGAAAAGAGCUGCUGGACACACUGAAAGGAUCAAUAGGAUGCUAUCUCAUUUUGACCCACUCUUAAGUUGCUGUGAGGGUCUGACUUGAAAUGUGAGUGGUUGUGUUUUUCUGUUGUGCUUUUUUAAUUCAUGCUCUGUUGGUUGUUAGCAUUCCAUGCAGUUCUGUAGGGUCUCUCCUUGCCAAAUACUCUAAGUAGGUUUAGGUUGAACUAAUGUUUACACUAGUCUCAAGGAUGCCUGGAGAAUUUUUUUUUUUUGGAAGAAGUUGUUGCUGUACUGUAUAAAAGGGUUUAAAGGACAUCAUGGUGUGGGAGAUAGUGUUUUUCACUGAAGUAAUGAAAAGGGAACAGUUACGGCUGAAGGAAAGAUACUACAUUGAUGACUUUGCAAUUCAACAACUUCCUCAUGCAUCUUGAAGAGAUAUAUAUUUAUUCUAGUUAGACUCAAGUCAACAGGAGCAGCAUUGGGUCCCUAUAGUUCUUAAUUUAAAGUUUUGAGUUCACAGUCCACACUAUAACAAAAAAAAAUAUUUUCAGUUUAGGAAAUACUCUUCUGAAUUAAUUUCCAGAAGUCACGCAUGCUGCAUUGUUGGUAUUUUUUUUUUUUUUCACAAACUUCACUCUAAUUUUUCUUUAAUUGUUUUAUUCACUUCUUAUUUUUCAGGCGUCUUUGAAAAAUCCUUAGUGGUCAUGACAUUGUUACAAGUGACAUAAAUUAGCCAGUGGCUCAGAAUGAUGGAUACCCAGAAGACUACAAAUGAACUGUUAUCCUUUGGAAACAACUGCACAUGAAUGUUGUCCAGUCUGCAAAGAGAAGGGUCAGAUCCAAGGUUUACGGACUUACCGCCUUAAUUUUCAAGAGUCCAUUUUCCUUUGUGAAAAUCCUCAGUGUAUCUACCCACUUGGUUAUAAAACAUUAAACAGCAUAAUUACUUCUACUGGUUCAAAAAAUCAUCAAGUUCCAACUACUCACAAGAAAAGGAAAUUGGGUGAUAGCAGUGACUUUUCUGCUGUUGAAUCAGAUCCAAAAAAAGCAAGAACUAACAAUGUACUCAAUGUUGGACACACCAUUAAUGCAGACUCCGUUGUGAAAGGCUACCAGAAUAAUUUGUGUAUUCCCAAGCCAAGCCUGCAUGAUGUAUUACAAAAUGACCAGCAAAACCCUGGCAACCAUGUGGGGUCCUGCAUGCCGAAGGUGGAUUUUGAAAAAACCACCAAGACCAACAACUACCAAGAAAGUCCACCAAAGACUUAUAGUCCCAAAACACAACUCUUGCCAAAUUCUGAACUUUUAUCAACAGCAUCUGAAAUUUCACUCAAAGAGGAUAAAUGUUCCACUAAUAACAGAGAUUUAUGUCUUCAGUGGAGAAACAUACGUAAUCUUUGUUGGUUAGAUUGUAUUUUGUCAGCACUGGUACACUUAGAAACAUUAAAAUCUGCUGUAGCAGAAGAAUAUAAAGAUGGAAAAUGUUUACUCCAGAAACUCUUAUCAAAGUAUAAUCAAGCAUCUAUUCUUCUGAAUACCUGUAAAAGGAGUAAAGUAAAAGAUGUUCUUUCAAAAGCAGAAUCUCAGCUCAAUGAAAUCAGAACCGUCAUGUUUACAGAAGUUCAGCCUCAGCUGAGGUGUGAAUUGGGUAAUAUGGAGAAUCCAGUGUCUGCACUUCAGUUACUCUUACAAGUAGAUCAACAAGCUGAGAAACUGUUCUUGAAUUCGUUUUCAUGGAAGUCUGAAUGUGUACGUUGUGGCCACAAACACCAGGACCGAUUGAAGAAAACACUAACAACAUUUACAAAUGUAAUCCCUGACUGGCAUCCACUUAACGCUGUUCAUAUUGGACCAUGUAAUAACUGUGGUAAUACAUCUCAAAGACAACAGAUGAUCUUGGAAAAACUACCCUCAAUAUUAACAUUACAUUUUAUGGAAGGCUUGCCACAUAAUAACCUGGAGAAAUAUUCAUUCCAGUUUGAGGAGGACACCUACCAAAUAACAUCUGUUGUUCAGUACCAAACAGAUAAGAAGCACUUCAUAAGCUGGUCUUUGAAUCCUGAUGGCACUUGGCUUGAAUGUGAUGAUUUAAAGGGUCCAUAUUGCAAGAGACGUCAAAGAUUUGAAGUUCCUCCUUCAGAGAUUCAUAUUGUUAUCUGGGAAAAGAAAGCAUCCCCUGUGCCAGAAGUGAAUUCACAGUUCCAAAGUAAAAAUAGUGAAGAUUUUCCUCUUAAUAACGUACAUUCAAAUUCCGGAGUAUUGCAUUGUGGUUUUGAUAACACUGUCGGCAAAGCACCUGCAGAACACCACAAAGAGGAUUCUGUGAGGACUCCAGAGAAGAAACAGCAGCAAGUAGCUGAGGACAAAAGUAUUGUUCAUCAUGGUUUAGAAAAUCUGGCAGAUGGUGAUCUUGUAAAACUGAUGCUUGAAGAAGAUCUAGCUGCUUCUGAAGAUAAAUCACUGCCUAACGGACGGAUGGUGGGAAAUAACCUUCUUGAUGGAUGGGGCACACAACAGCAGGAACCAGCUUUUUCACUUAGCACUCCAUAUACAGGAGAGUUUGCUGGAACUAGUCUAACUAUGAGCAAUAAAUCCAUGUUAUAUGAAAAUUCCAGUAUUUGUUUACCUCUAGGUGAGUUGAACCCAGUAAAUAUUACUCCUCCUGUGCCCAUAAAACACGACCCUGAUUCAUCUGACUCCUCACCUUCUCAAUUAAAUGACAGGUCUAAUUUAGCUAACAGAGAACAUGGAUUAAAUUCAGAACUACUGCUAAACAAGAAGUUGUUAGCAAUGGAAAAUACUAUACAAAAAUCACCUGACUUGAAAGGUACAAGCAAAACAGUAGUUAAUUCUCAAGUUGGCAGUUCUUCUGGUGCCAGUAGUUCAGUCCAGCCCUCACACAAAGACCAAAAAGGAGGAUUUGUAGGAAGCUGGGUAAAGAAAUUAUUAAUCAAGAAUACUUCUUUUAUGCCUUCAAGUGCCUCAGCUCUCAAGAAUGAGAGAAGUUGCAAAACUCCCUCAGUGCAAAAAAUAAGUAAAGUUCGGCUGCCAGUUAAGGGCGCAAGUAACUUUGGUGGAUUUCAAAGCAGAGAUACAAAGAAAACAACGGAGACCCCAAAGUUACUGGCUCCUCAGAGUAAUAAUACUCAUCCUUUAUCAAAUUUCAAAGGAUUUUCUCAAAGCACUUGUCUUCCAACAGCAAAUCCUACCACUGUUGUAGGUCCAACUUGGAAUAAGUCAGAAAGUACGUUGGGUACCUCAGCUAAAGUGACUCAGUUCCCUUCACCUGGCUAUAAUUCUCGUAAGGCAGAAGAGCCAGACAGUGACAAAACAAAAAAACUUCGCCUAAAAUUAUUAAAAAAACUUAAUGCUAAAAAGAAGAAGUUGGCUUCACUGGAUAAAUUAGCAGUGGAACAGAUGAAACGGGAAAAACCUGUGAGUGGAGACGCAAGCGCCCCAUCGCAGACUGAACCUCAAAAUGAGAGUGAAUUAUUGCAGAGCUUUUUAAGGGAGCUGCCAUAUCAGAUUGAUGUCACAGGGAAUGGAUCCGAAUUUAAUGCAAACACUGUGCCAGGGUGCACUGGCCAUGAUAACACCGAUGAAAUACUGGCAGAAUUACUGUCCCCUUCUUUGACUGUCGCUUCCUUGGAGGCUCCAAAGAGCGAAGACGAGUGUAUGUACAUGGAAAUGGUGCACAGCAGCGUGGCAACAACCACAUCCAAUGAGGACACCAGUGUGCCACAGGCAGCAGUGACAAGUGAGGACCACAAUUACUACAGUCCUGUAAAGGACACUAAUUCGGAGCUUGAUGCAAUAAACAAACACUGUGUGAAAAAACUUUCUUUUGAAAGUCCUAUGAGAGAAGAUAUUCUUGAAGACCUGUUCUCAAUUUCAGCACCAAGCUCCAUGGCAGGUGACAUAGAUUUACCUCAUUUUGAUGAAACUCUGUUUGAAACUUGGUAAAUACUGAGUUUCUUGGGUUUAAGUAUUUUUUCAGUAUUAUGUAUGUUUUGAAACAAAGCACUACUAAAUUAUAUUUUAUAACUAUAAUUGCACACUGGCUGUACUUGAACGAUUUACAUUUGAGGUAUUUUUUUCUUUAUAUUUAUUGUAACAAGCAAAUCAGGGUUUGAUGAAUUUUAUUUUUCUAAGAAGCAGUUAUCUUAGCUGUCAGAUAUGAUGGUGAUUUUUAAUUAAAAGCUCCUAUAAGUCUUAAUUUUUGCUGCUUUUAAUAUAAAAAACUUCCAUACUCUAGUGAGUUGGAAAAAUAAUGAAGUUCUGUAGUCUUGAUGAUGUAAUGGUGUAAGAAAUACUACUUCCGUAGUAGUGAUUUUUACAGGACCACUCAACUCCUGAAGUUACUUUGUCCAAUAUUUAAAAAAGAAAUUUAAAGUACCUUCUGUAAUUAAGGAAUUUUGCAUCCUCUGAUAUGAAGAUCAUUUGUAACAUAAACUUGAGGCUGGCAUUCUGCUAGGCUGGCAUUCAACUCCUUACACUAUUACAGUUCUACAAGCUCAUGCUGAUGUAUACACCCCUUGGAUCCAAGAAAAGAUGGAUACAUGGUAGAAAUUUCCCUAUUUAAAGUUACAGCACCUACUGAGCUUUCAUCCUGGGUAACUGUGAAUAUAACUUGGUAGAAUAUCUUCUGAGCCAGGUUAUUUUUUUAAGUAGAAUUAGUAAGAUUUGGUCCAGAGUUUGCAUCACUAAGACUAUCAGAUGUACCCAUUAGUUUUUCAUAGCUGCAAAAAACAUGUAAUAAAAGAAAGGUUUCUCAGAAUUAAUUUGAGUGUAAGUUAAUGCCUAUUACUGUUGUCACUUGGAGUUUUUCAUGACUCAGGCACUGCACCCCCGACUGUAUGUGAGAUGCCAAGGAGAGGCAAGGUCAGUAGGAAGCAAGUAAUGGAAAAAUGUGGCAAGACAGCAGUGAGUAAGCAGAGGAUUCACACCUUGGUGUUUCUGGAUUUGUAUAGCUUUCAUGUUGCUGAUUUGGAGUCUUUUUUAAAUGCAUAGACACAAAGCUGAGGGUAUUAGAUAGAUAGAUUAGAUGUACAUUUUUCUUCUUGAAAAUAAGAAGGAUUUUAUCAGCAAAUCUUUAGAUCAGGCAUUUUUAGAGGUGUUCUGCAUUUUUUUCGUUGUUUUAGAACCCAAGUUCAAAACAUUAAAUGUUCAGUCUUACUUUUCCAGUAGGUGCAGUUGAAAAUAAUACUAUUACAUGGCAUGGCUACAUAUUCUAAUGUUUUUGGAUUGUUUGAACUAGGUUUAAAAAGUGUUUGAAAAACUAUCAGUGGCCCUGAACUCGCUGUAAUAACUUAUUUCUGCUGCAGUUUGGUACAUUGUUAUCAAACUGGUACUUCAGGCAGUGAAUGUUUUAAUUUUUGAAAUUUAAGUUAUUGUGAAGAACUUGAGCUUCCUUGUUUUAAAUACUGUAAUUGGUAAUGUUACAAUAGAAAACAAAUUAAUUCUGAAUGUUAAGGGCUGGUGUACUGCUUGUGAAAUGUUUACCCAUUUGUGAA